CAGAGGAUACACGUAGACAGAGGGUCCACAGAGCAGAUAAAAAAAAUGUCUGUAACUACUACACGACCGUUCCUAAGACCCGUAAUCGAGUCACCCGGGAGACACCGUCGGCAUACGCUGCCAGCGAGCGAAUUUCGGCCGCUCAAUCCGCAGGACGCUAUCAGUGUUUUUGAGAUUGAGAGAGAAGCAUUUAUCUCCGUGUCUGGAGACUGUCCGCUCCACCUAGACGAAGUCCGUCACUUUCUAACUCUGUGUCCUGAGCUGUCUCUUGGAUGGUUUGAGCAGGGCAGGCUCGUCGCCUUUAUCAUCGGUUCACUAUGGGACGAGGAUCGGUUAAACACAGACGCACUUACUCUUCACAAGCCACAUGGCCACACGGUCCAUAUUCAUGUAUUGGCCGUCCAUCGGACCUUCCGCCAGCAGGGGAAAGGGCCUAUCCUGAUGUGGCGCUACCAGCAGUACUUGCGCUGCCUGCCAUAUGUGCGACGCGCCGUACUUAUGUGUGAAGACUUCCUGGUUCCAUUCUACAAGAAGUCUGGCUUCAAAGUGGUAGGACCCUGUGCCAUCACUGUCGCACAACUUACCUUCAUAGAAAUGCAGUGUGCUAUUAGGGGACAUGCCUUUGUGCGGCGUAAUAGCCAGUUCUAACCUGGGUCCACCGGUGAAGUAGGGGGCUCAUGGUAGUACAUAUAUACUGUUUCUAUUCUGUCUACAGUUGAAAUGCUUUGCAAAAGCUAACUUAUAACUGUUUUGGUUUUGUAAAUCAGUGAAUAUGAUACCUGCUGUGUCAGUGCAAGUCAGUGCAAUGGUCUUGGAGGAGAGAUGAGUCAGUAGGUCCUACUUUUGUAAGUACUUUUAGAGGAAGUGGGUCCUUACACCUUACAGUACUUUUAGAGGAAGUGGGUCCUUACACCUUACAGUGAACAUCACUGUUGGUUUUGCUUGACAGUGAAUGCUAUGAUGGACUUACCUAUGCACAACCAGUACUGUUUCCAUGGCAGGUAAGACAACAUUAGGCCUAUAUUUAGCCCACAUAGUCAAUAGGAUGUAAUCUGAUGUUUAGGUGUUAACACCUUCAUCAGUUGAAUCAGUUGUAGUCUGACUUGGGCUCGACAGAAAUUGAGUGUAGGUUUGAGAUUAUUGUGAGAUAUCAUCUGGUAAUAAGCCCUCUGCACUCAUAGCAUUUUUGGAGCAUAGAGCCAUUGCUGACGUCAUUCAUCACUGGACUUUAGCAGAUCAAGACAAGUUAUUUUAUCUCUAUUAGAGGGGAUUAGCUAUAGUAAAUAUCUGGGGAUUUACAGGUGGAGCUCUGUGUUGGUCUGCAAGCAGAUUCUGUGAACAGGUGUAUGCUUCUGUUUAUUUAUAUUUAGAAUAAGACAUACUAUGGACAUUGUAUUGGGAGAGUAAAUAAGAGGGAUUUGUUUUUUCACUACCUCUGUUUAAAUGCAGCUUCUGAAAUGUUUAUAUGCACAUCUGAGAUGUAUCUAUCCACCCUUGAAAUGUGUACAAUAUUACUGAAAUCAAUAUUGCUAACCUGUUUACAGUUAAAAAA